GGACCACGCCCACACGCCUCUACUACCACUCCCAGCCUCCCCGGCGGUCACUCGAUCAUGGCCGCGGACGAAGGCAGCCGGCGCAAGGCACGCCGGGAGCUGUGGUCCCUCCCUUUCUUUAUGUAAAGGUCUCGAAAAGAGAAGGAAGCGUCCCGAGAGCUUUUCCCCGCCCCUCCCUCCUGAUAGGCCGCUUCUGCUGGACGAGGCGGACAGAACGGGGGGACGGCGGCAAAUGGGCGAGGCGGAAGGAGGACUGACGCGGCGGGGAGCCAAUGGCGCGGCGGCGGCGCUGUCGCUGGGCGAGCGGGAGGCCUGGCUGGCUGGCGGCGGAGCGCAGUUUGUCGACGAUCGGCGGCGGCGGCGGCGGCGAGCCGGGGACGGGCGGCCUCAGCGGCCUGAGGGAGAAUCCUGGCAUAUUUUGACAGCAGCCUCUUCAUUCACAAAGGAUGACGAGAUUUUUGCGAGAAGAACCAUUCUUUUGAGUUGUGUCCCCUUUGGGGUAGAAGCAGAAUCGUGCUAACUCUCUCAAGAUUCUCCCUGCAAGAUUGGCGUCUCCAGCAUCUAUCAGUCUGGCUGGCUGUUUAGCAUGCAAAUCGUGCACCUUCACUAAUGAGAGGGAGAAUGGGAACCCAGGGCAGCCCUGUAAAAAGCUACGAUUAUCUGCUGAAGUUUUUGUUGGUUGGCGACAGCGACGUGGGCAAAGGAGAAAUCCUGGAGAGUCUUCAAGACGGAGCAUCGGAAUCGCCUUACGCCUACAGCAACGGAAUUGAUUACAAAACCACAACAAUUCUGUUAGAUGGCAGAAGGGUCAAACUGGAGCUCUGGGACACAUCUGGCCAAGGCAGAUUCUGUACUAUCUUCCGAUCCUACUCCAGAGGAGCCCAGGGCAUCCUCUUGGUGUAUGACAUCACCAAUCGCUGGUCUUUUGAUGGCAUAGACCGAUGGAUCAAGGAAAUUGAUGAGCAUGCCCCUGGCGUGCCCCGGAUCUUGGUGGGCAACCGCCUUCACCUGGCCUUCAAGCGGCAGGUGCCCACGGAGCAGGCCCGAUCCUACGCAGAGAAGAAUUGCAUGACCUUCUUUGAAGUCAGCCCGUUGUGCAACUUCAACGUGAUUGAGUCCUUCACCGAGUUGUCCCGCAUUGUGCUGAUGAGACAUGGCAUGGAGAAGAUCUGGAGGCCCAACAGAGUGUUCAGCCUCCAAGACCUCUGUUGUCGGGCCAUCGUCUCCUGCACGCCGGUCCACCUGAUUGAUAAGCUGCCUCUCCCGGUCACCAUCAAGAGCCACCUGAAAUCCUUCUCCAUGGCCAACGGCAUGAACGCCGUCAUGAUGCACGGCCGUUCCUACUCCCUGGCGAGCAGCGGAGGGGGCAGCGGCAGCAAAGGCAACAGCCUGAAGCGCUCCAAGUCCAUCCGCCCGCCACAGAGCCCGCCGCAGAACUGCUCGCGGAACAACUGCAAGAUCUCUUAGCGGGGCAGGCACCCCCGGGAGGGGGGAGUCUCCUCCCACCGCAUGCACCUGCACCUGCUUGCCGAUGUAUAGAUGUCGACACGCACGUCACCCAUUCCUCUGUCACCUCGACGGCCACACGCCCACCGCAUCGGCCACGGGUUUGCAAAGCACCGGCUCAGUGUGGCGGGACCCCAGGCGGAAGGAAAGGAUGGGGCGCACCACGCUAGCUUUCCCGGAAUGCAAUAGGUCUUCCCCUUCUUUGCCAGGAGAGGACCAGCAGCCUCCAGGGCGUGAAUUUUCUUCUUCUUCUGCGUUUUCUUUUUUG